UUCUGGAGAGAAGAAGAAGAAGAAUCGGUUUCUUCUGUUUCUGUUUUGAUAAAUUUUGUUGGGCAUUCAGCAUCAAACCUCGGGAGUGGAAGCUAGAGAAGAUAAGGCGUUGACAGUUAGUGAAGCAUUUAAAAGUGAUAUUUGGAAGCUCCAGGAUGAGCGGACAAUCAACUGAGUCAAUUGUCAAGGAAUCACUAUUUCAAUUCAUGCAAGAACAUUUACCCACUGCUCAAAUAAGCUCGAUUGAUGAAAUUGUGUUGAAUUAUGUGGUGAGCAUUCUUGAGGAGCUUGGAGAAGAAAACAGUGGUGAAGUAGAGGAUGCGUUUGACGCUGAAGGUUUUUGUGAAAUGAUGGCAGCCUAUGUCCCAGACUUUGCUGCCAUCAGGCUGCCACAAGUGUGCUUAUGGAUGUUUGAGUUGGAAGCAAUGCUUCGAAAAGUCAAGGAAGACGGUAAGACUCAUCAGGAGCGAGAUGUGGCUGAUCUGCUACGACCUCUGACCUUGGCCAGCUCACUGGAUGAGUCCAUUCCCCUGAAAUCUACUAGGAAGCACCAAAUCUCAGAGACAAGUGAUGGCAGCAGCUAUGGGUCUGACAGCAGCGGAGAUUACAAUUCUGUCGAGGAGAGCAACUAUGUGGCCAGGCAGACUGCCACUCUACUGGAAACAUUCCCGACAGUGUGUGAGCAGGAGGUGCUGCAGUGUCUGGCAAUCGCUAAAGGUGAUCUUGCUAAGGCAGCUCAACUCAUCUUUGACCGUCAGGAGAUGGGUGAAAGCUUGACAUCCGCCUCUGUCCUCCAAGUGGGAUCACAACAGAAAUUCGUUGUAGAUGACCAAGAACUUAAAAAUAGAAUUAUUCAGAGAUAUUCCUUUGUUGACAAAGAUGAUGAUGUGCGUGAACAUCGACCAGUAGCUCCAAAAUCGGAACCAAAGAAACUGGUGCGGUAUAGGGACAGCAAGAUUGUGAGCAUGAAGGGGGAACGAUACACUGAGGUAAAAAAGGAUGAUGAAGAAGACAAGAAGUCUGCCAGCCAGAAGUCGGCGAGGCAGAAUAGAUUCCAUUGAUGACACGCUGAGGCGAGUCCAGCGGCUGUCGUAGUCAGCUCCUGACAUCCGCUCUCACCCCAUCCCCCUCCCUAGUCCACCGACUUUAGUCCCUGGCGCUUGAACCACCAAAACCUCCAUAAAGUGCUCAAUCACUUCUUCAUCGUGUGGCUGUAAAACACAUUCACUGAUCGAACUAUAGCAUUAUACAGAAUGUUCAGUUUUUUAAUUACUUGUUUCAGUCAAUUUAAUUACAGUAUGAAAAAUAAUUAUUAUUAGUAUAUCCCGAAUUAGUGUCAGGAAAUAUAUUUUGAGGUAAUGAAUAAUAUCUCAACAGUGAAUGUGUACAAUAUUUUAAAUUUUGUAUAGUUGUUGUUGUUAGCAAAUGUAAUAUUUACGGCUGUUCUACAGCCAUUAAUUUUAAUAUUCUGUUAGGGUACUUGCUAUAAUAUAGCAAAUUGUUUCAGUAUUGAUUUGAAUUGAUAGAAUUCAACUGUUUGUCCAUUGUACAAAAUUCUUGGUGUUAUAAAAUUUGUUAAAGAAUUUUAACUUUUCCCUUUUAGGUAUGACAUUUAUUAUCAGAUUUAUCCUGUUAGAUAGUACUUUUGUUGAAUAUUGUGUGUUAUGUUGUGAGAAUAUAUGGCUACAAGUUAAUUAAAUUAUGUAGAUACUUAAAGAACAAACUAUUCAGGAUCAAGAAGUUGGGAAAUUAAAUUAUAUAGAUACUUAAAGAACAAAUUAUUCAGGAUCGAGAAGUUGGGAGCUCGGAAGCAGUGGUUGAGUCCCUCAUGUUGGCUUGUGAUUUAAGCCCCAGGUUCACAACUAGCCUAUCUUAUCUACCUGUUAAUGUUCUGUAUAGUCACUGUCCGAACAUCCCAAGUCUUGUAUUCAUCCAAUGUCAUCUAGUAGCAAAAUAGAUUUUUCAAGUCAACGUUUAGAUAGGUUUUCUCGUUUUGCUCACAUAUAAAAACCAAAAAGCAAUCCCCUCAAUUUAUUUUACAAUUGUCACAUUGUAGUUUUUUACUACAUCAUCAUCAUACCAAUUGCAUUUUUCCAUAAAUUUUAUGGUAGUCAAGGAACAAAACUUCUCAAUUUUAAUUUUAUAAACGUAUAAAGUACCUGCAAUUGUUGUUUGUUGGGUACUAAGAAAAGGGAUAUGAACAUGAUUUAAAAAAACUGUUUAGUUAUUAUGUUAACUUUAAUUCUUAGUGUGAUUUUUAUUAAUUUAAUAAAAAUUUAAAUGUUAAAACUGAGCUUCCUUUACUGUUGUAAAAUAAUUUUAUGUCUUGACAAUUGAUAAUAUUAUAUAUAUAUAUAAGUAUUUUUGUGGUUUGCAGGCCAAUAUAGAAUUGUAAAUUGUUAAUAUUACUUUGUAAAUGAGGCAGGAGCAAUUAAUUGUGGGACUAAACAUAUUGUCAGUUCUUAUUGCAGACUAAUUGUGGAUUACUUUUAAAUUUGAUAACUUAUCUGUUUUCAAUUACAGUGAGUUGUUUUGUUCCUUUGAUAUAUUCAAAUAAAAUUUUGAAUUCUGUACUAAAGUUUAGUACCACAUUGAAUUUGUUUAACAAUAGAUCCAAGACUGCUGUAUUAACAUUUAAUUUGUGUUAGGUUAUGAUAGGCCAAGUUAUUCAUUGUUUAUAAAAUACACAUAUGUACAGUUGAUUUUAUUUGUGUAAUGAAAGUAUGGUUUUGUUUGUUAUACCAUAGUUUGAUAUUUCGAAUUUUGAGUGUGUGAAAAAAUCAUUGUUGAUUGUGUAUUUCAUAAACAAAUUAUGUGCAUGUUUAUUUCUUUAUUUGUGUUUAGUUUUUUAAUCAUGUUAUCCAUGUAUGGGGUGGGGGAAUUGAUGGAUGGAUCGACACCGCUGGAAUAAUUCUGAUUACCAUUCACAAAAGCUAUGCUCUAAGAAAAGUUAAAAUAUAAAUAUUAUUUAUAAAACAUUCUUGCAUUUCAAUAUGCUACAAUUAUUCUUAAGUUAGUUUCUCUAAUUUAGCAAUGUGUGAUUAUCACAUUUGAAGGCUGUCUACGUAGUUAGUACAUUGUUUAGUAUUAUAUAGUGAUGUU